UUAGUUCGUGAUUUACAUUAUUUAUAUGAUGACAAAAUAGAUUUAAAAAAAUAUUAUAUUUGGUGAUUUGGUCAUAAACUCAUUAUUUACACCACGACUAAACAGAUACUAUAACUAUAUUGUGAGAUUAACUGAUUUACACCACACUAUAUAUAAUUCUAUAUGGCCUCAGUCGUUGAUAAAUGAUAAUGUGAUAAACAAGGACGUAGUAUUUUUUUUCAUAUUGCACACCGCACUAUAGAUAAAGAAAAUGUCCUUUAUCAAUGCACUACGCACACGGCUUAAAGUUUAAACCCGCCCAUUCACCACCAGGGCCCACUGGCUAACAUUGUCCACUACCGAAACAUUAGAUUACAGAUUACUAGAUUAGCCUAAAGCCUAACACGUACAAGGCGCAAGUGUCAAGUACUAUAUUGUACCGUAAUUGCGGAUCUGUUCGGCGUUAUCCUUAUUCGAGAUAUUCGUUCGACCGACUUUACUAUCCACUACAAUAACUAUGAUAAUAUAAAUAAUAUAAUCACUAACAUCAGUAAGUUGUUCUAUUUUCUCGAUUCACUUUCCACGACUCCACAGUCGGCGAAUAAAUAGGUAUUAUUAAACACUAUUCACUAAACAGUUGUUACUCGUCAGUCGGCGACUGCUGUUUAUUCAAUACAUUUUGUCGUUCACUUAUAUCCCGUAGCCAUGGGAGGACCUAAAGAAGGCGUUCAAAAACAAAUACAACAAGACUGGGCAAACCGUGAAUACAUUGAGGUGAUCACUGGCAGCAUAAAAAAAAUUACAGAUUUUCUCAAUUCAUUUGAUAUGUCGUGUCGAUCCAGAUUAGCUAUUUUAAAUGAAAAAUUAACCACACUAGAAAGAAGAAUUGAAUAUUUAGAAGCAAGGGUCACUAAAGGAGAAACUCUUUCAUGAUUCAUUGCCUUCGAAUAAAUUGGAAAUACUUGUAAACUAUAUUUAAAUUUUCCAAAGUAGUGUAAUUUUACUAGUCUUAAGUAAUUUAUAUUUUUUAAUCAUAUCAAAUGUAUUUUAUAUAUUUA